CUAGCGUUGAUUUAGUGCACACAAAUCUCAAACGCUGCAAAAUGUUUAUCAUAACGGUGAUUAAACUGCUGCUCAUAGCGCUUAACAUAUUUCCAAGUCGCUUCACAAAUCGACGGAUUAUGUUUCUUAUCUAUAUGACGAAUUUAGUAACGCAUGUUAUGAUGGAUGAGCCUCGUUUCGCACAGCCCAUACCAAAUGUCACUGUUGCCGUCGGUCGCGAUGCCAAUCUGCCUUGCGUGGUCGAACAUUUGGGUGGCUACAAGGUGGCCUGGAUACACAUUGAUCGUCAGAUGAUAUUGACUAUACAUAGACAUGUCAUCUCACGCAUACCAAGGUACAGCAUCACAUACACGGACAACACCUGGCUGCUGCAUGUCAAUCAGGCGCAUCAGGAUGAUCGCGGCUAUUACAUGUGCCAGGUCAAUACCAAUCCCAUGAUUAGCCAGGUGGGCUAUCUGCAGGUUGUAGUGCCCCCAAACAUUCUGGACAUUGAGAGCACACCAUCUUCGGUGGCGGUGCGUGAAAACCAAAACAUCAACAUGACAUGCCGUGCCGAUGGCUUUCCCACACCCAAAAUCAUUUGGCGACGCGAGGAUGGCGAGGAAAUUGCCGUGGAGAAAAAGAAGAAAGUGGUAUACGAUGGCGAUGUGUUGCCGCUGACCAAAGUGAGCCGCAAUGAGAUGGGCGCCUAUCUGUGCAUUGCGACGAACGGAGUGCCGCCCUCGGUGUCCAAGCGCAUCAUAUUGGAUGUGGAGUUCUCACCAAUGAUUUGGGUGCCGAAUCAACUUGUUGGCGCGCCAGCUGGCACAGAUGUAACCAUCGAUUGCCAUACCGAGGCGCAUCCAAAAGCUAUCAUCUAUUGGGUAUACAAUUCAGUGAUGGUGCUGCCCAGCAAAAAGUACAAAACCGACUACACUGAGAACUCAUAUCGCGCACACAUGAAGUUGACGAUAAGAAACCUACAAUAUGGCGACUUUGGCAACUAUCGAUGCAUCUCAAAGAAUUCACUGGGGGAAACGGAAGGCUCCAUACGUGUUUAUGAAAUUCCGCUGCCAUCAACGCCAAGCAAGCAAGUUACCCACACCACCGUCGAGUCCAGGGAGAGCAAUAUUAUACCCUCGUUACGCAACGAUACAACAAAAUCGCUACAAACGGAUGUGUAUGCUAUGAAAAACGAUUUGUAUACUGGCAGUGGCUCUGCCUCUGCAUCGGGCAGCUCCUCUGGCGCUUCAUCCAGCUCCUCCACAUCGAUGCAAACAGCGCUGCUGCCUAACGGCGGCAUCGGCGGCGGCGGCGGCAAUGGCAACAGCCUCUCCGCGCUAAGCGGCGCCAGCGGCUCCAAGGGCUCGCUAGCGAUAGGCAAGAGCAUGUUCUACACAGAGCGUCCACCGAAUGAGUUUGCAAGCGCAGCUGGUACGUGUGUAUAUAUGUAUGUAUACUUUAGGUAUUCAUUAGAACGCUUCACUUGUCCUGCUCGCUGCUCGCACUAUAUCUUUGUUCUUAUUACAAUCAAAUUUCAACGUCAUGGCUUCUUUAUGCUGUUCACGUCUCCACUUCCUAUCUUCAACAACUACUACUUGCAGCACUUUUCACUAAACAAAGCAAAACGAAACGCAACUUUAUGCGCCACAACCGAAGGACAACUGCUCAAGUCCAGCAUCCGAGCGCUUCUGAUAAGGACACUAUACGAUAUGGCAUAUCGAUAA